AUGGCCGCCAGGCAUACGUAUAAGAACCGGUGGUCGAGAGCCGACUGGGACCCAUCAGCUGCUCCUCACUCCUCUCGCCUACACGCCUCGAGUUCUUUCUUGCACCUACCACCGCAUCUACUCUCUGCAAUGGCCGACUUCUUCGUCUCCUCUUCUGCUGCCGCUGUCGCCGUUGCUGCCAAGAGCACUCAGCAAAACAAGUCCGUGCCCGCUGCUCCUUCUGACAAGGCCGAGUCUAGCACCGCUACUCAGGGUGCUGGGUCGAACUUCUCGAUGUGCGAGAUCAUCAUGUAG